AUGAGAAACCUUGCAUUAUUUGAUAUUCUUGCCAUGAAUGGGGUGACACACUGCCGUCGGCCGAGGAGGUUCUGCCGUUCUGGUGUGGUAGACAUUUUGGUGUUAGGAUGCUUUCGUACUUGGACUAAUAAACGAGCAGGAGCUGCUUUUGUGUCCAAGAAACUUGAUCGUGUUAUGUCUAAUAUGGCUUGGCUGCAAAGGUAUGGCAAUACUUCAGUAGAGUUUUUGGAAGCAGGGGUUUCGGAUAACUCCCCAGCUUCAGUGUCCAUUGAGAAGCCUAAAGUGCUGAAAGUUAAAAAUCUGGAAUUCUUCGGAGGGUUGGGGCAGAGAGUUCUUCAAGCUAGACAAGAUUUAGAAGCUGCCCAAGCUAAAUUCAUUGCUUCUCACGGCAAUGAGGAGUGCCAAAGGAGAGAGAGGGAAUGCUUGCAUACGUAUAUCUCUAUCUCAGCUGCGGAGGAAAACUUUUUGAAACAAAAUUCUAGAAACAUGUGGCUCAAUUUGGGUCAUGGCAACAACUCCUUUUUCCACAAUUCUGUUAACGCUACAAAUUCAUCUAAUCUCAUUAAGAUCUUGAAGGAAGAGGAGGGCAAUAGAGUGGAAGAUCCUCUUAAAAUCAAGGAGCUUGCUGUUGGUUUUUACCAAAGUCUUCUUGGAUCCACGGCUCAUGAGUUUGAUCACCAGAAGGCUGCCCGAGUUUCUCUUUCAGUUAAAAAGAGAUUUUCUCCCAAUUGUGUUUCUCAUAUGGAAGCUGCAGUACUGACUGAAGAUGAGAUUAGGAAGGUGAUUUUUGCUAUGAACAAGCUUAAGGCCCCUGGACCGGAUGGUUUCUCUGCAGGGUUCUAUCAAAGAGCUUGGCCUAUUGUGGGGAAAGAAGUCACUGAUGCUGUUCUGGAAUUUUUUUCAGACAGGCCGGAUUCUUAA